AUGCCUACUCCGAAUAACCAGAGCACCGUCGAGAUCACUGCAACCUCCCCCGAUAUCCUGCUGCGUCCGCAACGCAUCCAGCUCGCGUGCCCAGAGGAAACCUCCUCAAUCCACCACCACCACCACCACAGCCACCACAACACUCACCCUACUACCACCACCUCCUCCGCCGCCGCCGCCACUACCGCUGCCGGUUGGGCACAGCAGGACCACCUUGAACACGACUUGCGGCAGGACGCAGCGACAACCGCCGCCACUACCAUCGCUGCCGAGAACGGCACCGAGCCGUGUCCGGAGGAAGACCAGGUUCUCGAACAGACCACUUCACCCGCACCACCACCGCCGCUGCUGUCGGCCGAUGAAGAGAAGGUCUAUACCACGGCUACCACCACAACACUCACCGCACCUACAGCCACCACUACCACCACUACCACAACCACACAGACAACUAUAACAACAACUGCAGUGGCAUCGCCAAUAACGGCAAUGACGGCGGCGGAGGGCGAAGAACGAACGCCGUCCUCCCCCGACUCCGCCUUCGCCUCGUCGUCGUCCGAUAAAGAUCCGCAAUCAGCCCCGUCACCCACCACCGUGGCGACGGCACGGAAAAUUUUCACGCAGCGAUCAACAGCACCCGUCGGCGGCAACGCCAGCAGUAUCAACAGUAGCAACGCCACCUCUACGCUAGACACUCUAUCUGUGCCUUUACCGGACCAUGAUUUCUCUACAAAACGCGUAAGUUUCUCGGACUACGGAACACGGGUCGAGCGCGAUGACACACCCCCGGCUACAGCUGUUCUUCCGUCCUACAGCUGUUCGUUCCUGCGCCCCGGGAGUAAAUUCGUCGGAAAGCAGACUAGUGACCGCUCCACGUACGAAGUCCACGUCGAGCUGAAGCACGUCGACAUGGCCGAGUCGUUCCUGUGCGGCUAUCUCCGCAUUAAAGGUCUUACGGAGGAUCACCCGACCCUCACGACUUACUUCGAAGGGGAAAUGAUCGGCGACAAGUACUCGUUCCAGACGCGCAGGCCGGAGUGGGGAUCGAGCGAGAAGAACGAUUUCCAGCACUGGUCGCGGUUCCCGUCGUUCCGGCCACUCGUGUCGAAGGCGAAGCAUACCGAGUUCAACUACACGAAUUUCGCCCAGAAGGAAAAUAUCUUUAUGCGCUGGAAGGAGUAUUUCCUCGUGCCGGACCACCGGGUGCGGCAGAUUACCGGCGCCAGCUUUGAGGGGUUCUACUACAUCUGCUUUAACCAGGUGUCGGGCACGGUGGAUGGCAUAUACUUCCACGCUAAGAGCGAGAAGUUCCAGAAGCUGCAGUUGAAGCAUGUGCCUGAGAGGACGUUUGCUUGCGUGGAGUUCCGGUGA